GGCCACGCCCACGACCGCCGGGGUUAGGCGAGGUGGGGGCGGGGCGCUCGCGAGAGCUAAGCCCCACCCCCGCGAGCCAUUGGCUGGGGCCGCCCCCACGCCGGUGAGUGACAAUCGCUCGCGCGGGCGGGGCGCAGCCACCGCUUCCGCCGGGCCAUGGGGCCGCGCGUGCUGCUGCCUCCGCCGCCGCCGCCGCCCCUGCUGCUGCUGCUGCUGCGGGCGCUGCUGCUAUCGGCGCUGCUGUGCGGGGCCGAGGGGGCCGCGCCCCCGUCGCCGCGCCCGGUGCAGGCCACGCUGUCGCCACCGCCCGCCGUGACGAACGGGAGCCAGCCGGGCCCGCCGCACAACAGCACGCACCCGCGACCGCCGGACUCGCCGGGCUCGCCGCUGCUGCGCUCCUUCUACGUGCUCACGGGCCUCAGCGGCCUGGCCGCGCUCUACUUCCUCAUCCGGGCGUUCAGGUUGAAGAAGCCACAGCGGAAGAGGUACGGCCUUCUGGCCAACACCGAGGACCCCACGGAGAUGGCUUCGCUGGACAGCGACGAGGAGAUCGUCUUUGAGACGAGGCAUCCGAGAUGGUGGGAAGAGGCUGCAGCGCUUGAAUCGGUGGGCGCUGGCUCUUGGCCUUGGGCUGACCACGAAGGCCGCGAUCUGUGUCGGGUGGAGAAUGAACUCCAGGGUGCUGCCGACGGGAUGCUCAGGUCAGGGAGGCAGCGUUGCCAGAAGCUCCGGGGAGAGGACAAGAGACGGAACCGGCUCCCUAGCGUCUGGCGUGCCCCACUGACCGCCUGCCGGCUGUGACGCAGACUCCGCGAGCUCGCGUGGGUCCUGCCUAGCUCGCCUACUCUGCCCGAGGCCGCCUUGGCCCUUCGCCCAGACAGGACUGUCGAGGAUGCUGGGUGGGAACCGGAGAGGCCCUGGAGGCCUUACACAGGACCUUGAGACUGGUGGGGCCGUGACUUGUGCCGUUCGCCCUCCUCUGUGGGGUGAGGCAGCCCCCAGCUACAGCCUGCCGGGGGUGGGGAGAGGGGGGCCGGGCGGCCUGAGCGGCCUGUCUGGAAGCAUCUUCCCACCGGGCUGGAGACAAUAAAGGCGGCGGUGGUUCUGUG